AUGUGUGCUGUGCCUGACCGCCCCUCGCUGCCUGGAGAUGAGCCUCGAUCGCUGGUUCUUUACUCUCCUGCAGACCAUCCCGAUGCUCCUCCUCAGAUCUCAUCCUCCUCUUUUGGCCCUUCACCCGAUCGUGCCAGCCCCCGUCCUGCCAUGGCCUCUGCGACCAGCCACUGGGGGACCCUGAUCAACCCGGACAAGAGCCCGGCCCCGCUGUUGGAGCAACUAUGUAUCGGGAUUGCACAGUUAAUGCCCUCGUUCGACUCCAACCCUACCACCGAUCUCACUCCAGACCGCCUCGCCGCGUUCUAUCGCAAGGUCGGCGGGAACUACGAUCCACUCUUUCUCGAGACCAAAUCUCAAGCUCUCUCCUUCAUAUACCAGUCCCUCGGGUGUUUCCACAGUCUGCAGCCCUCAAAAAGUCCCUACGAACCACCCGCGGUUCCCUCGCUCUGCCCAAAUGGCUUCGUACGCUGGCAGACCAUCCAGCUGCUCAUGGACCCGGAUGAGCACUGGCGAUUCCUCAAUAACACGGUGGGCAUGUGGGAUAUUGUCGACGCCAAGGGCGAACCCUUUCCCAAGAAUAUUCCACGUGAUGCCUUCCCCUCAGAACCGGACCCGGAAAUGCUGCAGUGGCAUGAAGGUGUCGCCAAGAGACUGGAAUACGACUAUGUGAAGAGGAACGUUCAUCGGACGUCUCCUCCCAAUUUCGGUGCUUAUCAUUAUCAUUUCAGUGGGAAGGAUCCGUUGCCAGAUGAGGAAGAUUAUUUUUCACAUCUUCCGCAUCGAUCAGGGUCGCGUCGACACAAGACCCAUUAUGACUCGGAUCGGCCGAGUCGACGGAAAAGUCACCGGCGGCGGUUGAGCUCUGAUGACCAUCACGGUUCUAGUAGUCGCAGGCCGGAAUCGGGAUUCUUUGCCAGGCCAGAUGGCGGUCGCUCGGGGGUCUCAUCUCCUCGAGUACAGUCUCCAGGUGCCCCGCCCUACACGGAUCGUCCUCUGCGGUCCAGAGGUCGGGAUCAUCCAGCGUGGUAUACCAAUCCUCUUAGCCCGGGGAUGGACGACGCACCACCACACCCUCAUUUUCACUCACACUCCCAUGAGGCCGAUGCAUCGGAUCAAUCCCCUCGCAAGGAUGUCCCCGAUUCAGCCCCGAAACACCGCUCUCGCCGUCAGAAUCUUUCCCCGCCACCUGAUUCCCGCGGACGCCGCCAUUCCCAUGAUGCAUACACGCGGAAACCCUACCGCGAAAUCUCACCGAUGGGUACCCGGCGCUCCCAUGGCAGCGGCAGCCACGAGCUCCGAUCUUCAAGAUCCAGCAAGUCCCGGCGUGAAGGACGAUCACGCUCCAGACCUCCCCCUCCACCAGACAUUCAAUUCCGCGACCCGAUCUUCGACGGUCCCGUGCCGGCACCUGCACCCGAGCCCCCGCAGUAUAGCGCGAUGCCUCCGCCGCGGGCUGUGCCUCGUCACCGGUUUAACCUCGAGCCAGAGGAUACCCGGCGAGGUAGCUACAGCGGCGGGAGCACGGGUGGCAGUCGGCCUGGUAGUGGUGGGAGUGGCUCAGAACGGCCGCGCUCGUUUAGCAGUGCCGGACUCCACCCACGGACUUCUCGGUGGACGAGUCCUGUUCGAAGUUCUGCGGCGAAGCGGUAUGUCCCGACUACGUUGGCGGAAGAUGCUGCAUAUAAUCCCUCGUUGCCGCGACGAGCGCCUCUAUACGACUGA